AUGUCUUCCAGAUCGGCACAGCAAUCACAAGACGUCGCUACAACCACCCCCGCGGACAUCACUCCCACACCCUCACCAAGACGACCCCAAGCCGGUGCUCUCUCUUCGAAUGUCCGCUCACCAGCGGUCGACAUUGCCUCGUUCUGGCUUGACCAGCCAGAUCACGACCAGCAAUCGCCCACUGCCAGGCACCAAAUCACGCGACUUCUCUGCCGUCGCGCUUGCGGUGGAGGGAACGCCAACAGGAGCGGCAUCAUGGCAGAGGCUCUGCUUGGCCUUGCCCCAUCCUCGCGACUCGACGACACGCACACGAACAAGAUCCAGAUACAGCACCCCGAUCAGAUUCAGGACCACCUACGCCGCGCCAUUGAGUACAAUGUUCGCCCGAAACGCGCCGAGCACGUCUCGAUUACCCUUGAUAUUCGCAAUACGGUUCAGUUCACCCUAGGCAGUGCCGACAACGACACACCAGCGGCGCCCGCCAAUGCCAAUGCCAAUGCCAAUAUCGACCCAGCACUGGACGGGGCGCCGCCGUCGCCGCCUGUUCCGGCAAUGGAACCCACGGCACCCAGGACGGUGCGCGUCAACGACGCGCUCGCCAACCAGCCCCAAGAUGACCCCUCGCUGCAGCGGAUGGACCGUCACGUAUACCUGCAAACACCUCGCUCGCAGUUUGCCUGA